AUGGUCAUGUCGAAAAAAUUGCGUAUUGAUUUGACUGUGUGUACUCUUGCAUUGCUUAUGUUUGGAAUUCAUAUUUAUUUAACUAUGUUUUUCAAGCCAGAAAAAUACAAGUUAGUGAAUACUUUUUCAUAUAAAAAUAAUAACCUAUUAAAUCUUUAGUAGUAAUAAAUGUUUUAUUGAUGAUUGGAAUCGUAUCACUCUUGGAGAUAUUCCACAUGCCAAACAAAUAAAAUUAUAUGGAAAAGAAGGGUUAACAAUCUAUAGAAUGGAUACCCUUUUAGGUGGACAACUUCGAUUAGUUAAUUCAUUUGUAUAUCCAGAUCAUAUUGCAGUUACAACAACUGUUCAACAUUCGCAAAAGUAAGAUUCAAAUAAAUGAUAAACUCAUAAUUAAAUUUCUAGCGAUAAUAUAACUUGUGUCUACUUUGAUUGUAAUCGAAAAGAAAUUGUUAAUACAAGAUUCAAAUCAAUAUAUUAUCCUUAUAAUAUUGUUCUUUGUGCAAGACGAUAUGGAGCAGAAUAUAUAUCACUAGAUUUAGAAGAUGGAAAUAAGAUACCUGAACCUAUUCCUAUGAUUUAUAGAAUAUAUAAAGGUUUCAGUUUAACACUUCAAAUCGAGAUAGACAAAGUUAUUUGAAAUUUCAGAACCGAUUCAUGAAAUUUCAGUUUGUGUUGGUCCAAUCUUUGGAAAUGAAUCAAAAUGGUUAGGAAUUGCUGAAUAUAUGGAACAUUAUAAACUUAUUGGAGUUAAUCAUUUUUAUUUCACAGUUUUUGAUAUAAAUGAAUAUGAUCGAAAAAUAUUGAAUGAUUAUAUUCGAUUAGGAGAAGUUGAAUUGACAGAAUUAGACACUGAAUAUAAAAAAGAAGAUUGGCAAAUGCAUAUGGUUCAACAAGGGGUUUGUAUUUUAAGGGAGAGCGUAAACCCAAAUAAAUAUUUGUUGCAAAAAUACCCCUGAAGGUACACCCACAUGAGUAAAACGGCAAAGAGAAAACCCUGAAGCUUUCACUAUCAAAGGAUACAUUAACAUUUUAGCUUAUACGAUUUGUUGUCUUACUCCUCUUCUCUCUUUACGUCAAAAUAUUUUCUGAUUGUGAAUUUUUUUAGGAAUGUCUACAACGUGCAAAAUUUCAUUCGAAAUGGGUUAUUAAUGCUGAUUUUGAUGAGAGACUCGUUUUGAAAAACAAUAAUACAAUUCAAGAUAUCCUAUAUUCUGAAAAAUCUGCAACGGAAUAUUGGUUAUCUGUUGCACGAGUAUUGAAAAAUGAAACAAUGCCGGAAAAAUACAUCAAUUCCUCGCAAACCGAAAAAGAUAUGCAAUUCAUAAAACAUCAUAUGACUUUGAAUUCAUCAUUCUUCGGUUCCAAACCAAUUUUUCGCUCUGAUAUCGCGGCAAAGAUCUAUUUUCAUCGUGUUAUUAGACAUUAUGAUAAUCAAGAAAUUGUGAGAAAAAUAGAUCCAGAGAUUGCAUAUAUUCGUCAUUAUCGAGAUGAUAAUGAAAGUGGAAUAAAUUCAGGAUGGAAUAAAAAUGGAACUGAAUUCGUGUUUACUGAUUUAGAUGAGGAAUUCAGUCGAAAAUUAGUGGAAAAUGUGCUGAAACGAGUUGAAUAUGUUUAUAAUGAAAAAUUAAUGUAUUGCGAUGAAAUCGGACCAACAUUCUUGAGAUAUAAAAUUUUUAAAGAUUCUUUUGAUUGUAUUGAUAGGACCUGA